AUGCUCGCGGAUGGACGCAUUAUUGUGGCUAGCCAUUGUGAGCACACGGAUCUCUUUCGAGCCCUCCGUGGCGGUGGCCCAGGCUAUGGUAUUGUUCUCAGCAUGACGAUUAAGGCACAUCCCAAUGUCGAUGCCGUCACCGCUCAUAAGCUCGCCAUCGCGCCCCUGCAGCAGACUGCGAACAACUCUGAUCUUCUCGACGCCGUGGCAGUCCUUCUUCAGUCAUAUCCCGACCUCAACGACGCAGGAUUUGCCGGCUACGCCUUCUGGUUCCGCAACUUUCCAACUAUCUUCGUUGGCAAUGCCACUUCCGGCUAUUCUCAUGGCUUCUGGACCAUUGGAAAGACAAGAGAGGAAGCUGAUGCUGGUUUCGCACCUGUGCGCGAGGCUCUCGGCAAGUUCACAGACAGGCUGUUCAUCAGUGAGAGCUUCGCCUCAUAUGAUGACUACUGGUCCUUCUAUGAGGCAGAGUCAGGGCUGUACGAUCCCACCGGCGACACCUCCAUUCUCACAUCCCGCAUGAUAGAUCGGUCGGCCGUCGAAGAUUACACCCACGCCCGUGAGGCUGUGGAGGUUCUCAGCGGCAAGCCGGAGGAGUUUGCGUCCAAUGUCGUACUUCUGGUCUCCGGUGGACAGGUAUUUGAGGAUGCCAAAGAUGCAACCUCGGGCUUACACCCGGCAUGGCGAAAUUCUUCUUACGCUCUCAUCACCGGUCGUGGCAUUUCGAAAAUAGCCAGCAAUUCUCAGCGCAAAGCUGUGCAAGACGACAUCACAUACGUCAAGGGUGCGGCCGGGAAAAGGCUUGCGCCAACUACUGGAGGUUACAUGAACGAAGGCGACCGGCAUGAUCCGGAUUACGUGGAAACGUUCUACGGCGCCAACUACAACCAACAUCUGGCAGCGAAGAAGAAGUAUGAUCCGUUCAACGUCUUCUACUGCCCCACUUGUGUUGGCUCAGAGGCCUUCGUAGAACUACCUGACGGGCCACUGUGUAAAAGGAAGGCUUAG